AUGUGCGGACAUGGGGAGAAGCUGGCCAACUCCAAGCAAGGAAGCGGGCUCUCACUGGAUGCCGAAUUGGCCAGCACCUUGAUCUUGGACUUCUCGGCCCGCAGGAGUGUGAGGAGAAUUAAGGCUGCAGCUGGUGUGAGAAUAUCGGCCGUGCGCGUCAGCAGUGAGCAGCAGUGGGCGGUCCAGGAGGACAUCGACAGUGGCAGCGAGCAGACAGCGGCCACCCUCACCUGUGUGGGCCACCACCCGGACACGCAGAGCAGGGCAAAUGGCUCCUUCUAUGAGAUCUUGCAAGUGGACUUUGGGAUCGACAACAGCAGUGGCCUGGCCGGGGCCCAGCCCAUCACCUGGCAGGUGGAGUAUCCAGUGGAGGACUCUAUGAGCGAACUGGCCGUCUCUGAGAUCUUCGUCAGCCAGACAUCCUUUGUGGGCAUCGUCCCUCUUGUAAUGGAUACGGAGGUGCUGAACACGGCCGUCCUCACGGGGAAGCCUGUUGCGGUUCCCGUCAAGGUCGUGGGCAUUCAGGAGGAUGGCUCCGUGGUGGACGUGUUGGAGGCUGUGGAGUGCAGGUCUGCGGAUGAAGACGUCGUGAAGGUCUCCAACCACUGCGAUUCCAUUUUUGUGAACGGGAAGGAAAUGAAGAGCAAAGUGGACACGACUGUGAACUUCACGCACCAGCACUUCACCUCCCAGCUGGAGGUCACCGUCUGGGCGCCCAGGCUCCCCCUGCAGAUUGAGAUCUCAGACACGGAGCUGAGCCAGAUCAAAGGCUGGAGGAUCCCCGUGGCCUCCAACAGAAGGCCCACGCGAGAGAGCGAGGACGAGGAGGACGAGGAGAAGAAGGGCCGGGGGUGCUCCCUGCAGUACCAGCACGCCGCCGUGCGCGUCCUCACCCAGUUCGCUGCCGAGGCCCCCGACUCGGGUCAGCUGAGCUACAUGCUGGGCCCCGACUGGCAGUUCGACAUCACUGACCUCGUGGCCGAGUUCAUGAAGGUGGAGGAGCCGAGGAUCGCGCAGCUCCUGGGCGGCAGGACCCUGGUGGGCCGGGAGCCGGGGAUAACCACGGUGCAGGUGCUCUCACCUCUGUCCGACUCCAUCCUGGCUGAGAAGACAGUGAUCGUGCUGGAUGACCGCGUCACCAUCGCCGACCUGGGCGUGCAGCUGGUGGCCGGCUUGUCUCUUGCCCUGCAGCCUCACAGAGCGGACAAGAGGGCUAUUGUCUCCACGGUGUCUGCCCAGGACGUCCUCCAGGCCCCGCAGCAGGAAGCAAUAGUCAGUUCUUGGAUUUUGUUCAGUGAUGGUUCGGUGACACCCUUAGACAUUUAUGAUCCCAAGGAUUUUUCUGUUACUGUGUCAUCAUUGGAUGAAAUGGUGGUGUCUGUCCAAGCAAACCUUCAGUCCAGAUGGCCAGUUGUGGUCGCACAGGGUGAAGGGCAAGGGCCCUUGAUUAAAUUAGAAAUGAUGAUUAGUGAGCCCUGUCAGAAGACCAAGAGGAAGAGUAUUCUUGCCGUGGGUAAAGGGAAUGUCAAGGUCAGAUUUGAACCAAAUAUCGAUGAGCACCAAGGAGGCACCAACGAUAUUGAGGGCAUCAGUCGGGAAUACAAAGACCAUCUCAGUAAUUCCAUAGAGCGUGAAGGAAACCGGGAGAGAGCAGGUCAGGAGUGGUUCCAACAUGGCGCCUCUGUUGGCCAAGAGGAACGUAGCAACAAAAGCACAACCCCACAGUCUCCCCAGGAAGGAAAGGAUAAGAAGUCACUCAAGAGUGGCGGUCCAGACACCUUCACAAGCUUCCCCACUCAAGGGAAGUUACCGGAACCCAAUAAUCCCAGUGACCUGACAGUGACCUCCAGGGGGUUAAGUGACUUGGAGAUCGGCAUGUACGCUCUGCUCUGUGUCUUCUGCCUGGCCAUUUUGGUCUUCUUGAUCAACUGUGUGGCCUUUGCUUGGAAAUAUAGACACAAAAGAUUCGCCGUGAGCGAGCAAGGCAACAUCCCCCAUUCCCAUGACUGGGUCUGGCUUGGGAAUGAAGUAGAACUUCUGGAGAACCCCGUGGACAUCACCCUCCCGUCGGAGGAGUGCACGACCAUGAUAGACAGGGGCCUGCAGUUCGAGGAGAGGAACUUCCUUCUCAACGGCGGUUCCCAGAAGACUUUCCAUAGUCAACUGCUCAGACCCUCUGACUAUGUCUAUGAGAAAGACCUUAAAAGUGAGCCUAUAAAUCCAUCGGGCCCAAAGCGGAAGCGAGUCAAGUUUACUUCCUACACCACCAUCCUCCCGGAGGACGGCGGCCCAUACACCAACUCCAUCCUGUUUGACAGUGAGGACAACAUCAAGUGGGUCUGUCAGGACACGGGGCUGGGGGGUCCCCGGGACCUUAGAGACUAUAUGGAAAGCCUGCAAGACCACAUGUGAACUCCUUUCUUACGUUUGUAUUCACCUUUAUGCCUUCUGUUUUUUGAACGGUGGAGCAGUAAGUUUGUUCAGCAAUAGGGGAUGAUUUAACAAAGCUUCAUUUGGGGCGGUCUGGGGUGGGGAUCCCUUUCUGAGCAGGUGUCAGAGGCCUGGAGAGCUAUAGCAGCUGGGUUAUAAGCCGGGAAAUGUCUCGAAAGCAGCCACCUGUAGAUCCUGGAGAAAUUCUAAGACGACAGUUGUAUCUGCUGCCUGGUACUAGC